CCUACUUUUGCAAGUCGCGCUCGUUCUUAGCAUCAUCAACACCAUGGUCGCAACACCGCUCCGCCGCCUGCCGCUCAAGCGCGCGUUGUCCGCGCUCCGCGAGGCCGAAGGGACACACAAGCUCUCGUCGUCGGUUUCCGGGAUCGCAAUCACUUUCCGGCCGGACGGGAGGAACGAGCGGGGGCCGAUCAACUUCCUCGCCCGCGUCGCGCCGCGGAUAGCCUACGCGAACCCGACGCUCCCCUUCCUGGUCAACCGCAUCCCUAUGCCCUUCAAGCCCUCGAAGAGCGAGUACCGCCCGAAUGUGGACCCGAACGCGCCGGUCUCGGAGGAGGAGAUCGCGCGGCGCGCAGAGGCCGAGAAGCAGGUGCCGAGCUUGACUGUGUCGUUCCGUAAGUCCUCCGAGUGCGAGGAGGACGGCUGCUGACGCUCGCUUCUGCGGACUGACAUUCUCUCGUAUCCCAACGCUCACCACGUCAACCCAUUACGCCCGCCACGCCCCUACCCAGACUCCAAGCCCUCCGAAACCUUCGAGCUCACCGCCAUGUCCGCAACGGAGAUCUGGGCCCGCGUCGCUGAGCUCGGCGACGCCGCGUCCAAGCCCGCCGC